UGAUGUGGAUUAUUGUGCGUGUUACUUAAAAGCUGUAUGUCAACAUGAAUAUUUAAAUGACAUGUAAGGAUUGCUUACUACACAAACUGAACUUCCAUGCACUGUGAUGUGUGCAUUUUAUUUUCCAUAUAGUGAAAACUGUCAGGAGACCUGCACCAGGCAGAACAUGUACAUAUGAAGGCCAUGGUGUAGGCCAAGGCUAAUGAUGUAUUGUAGUAUGUACUUUGAAGAGAAACAGGCAAAUUAAAUGUUAGUAAAAUUGUAAUGCAUCUUCAGUAUUUAAUGGUAUGGUGUGUGUGUAUAUACUUUUUAGUACACAAGUGUGUUCUAUUGAACAUCUGCUUAGUUUUGCAAGACUUUGUGUGUGCAUAUAGUUCUAACUGCACUGCUGUAUCGUUUUCUUGUAAAAGUAUUUUCCUAAAUUAUGAGUCUUUUUCUACACAGAUGGUGGUUAGCAUUAAAACGAUGCGCGAGUGCACAGCUGCUGCACCUCCCUGUGAAGGAACAGGGCACUGUCACAAGGAGGUCACACUUUGAGCAACUUUCUAUUCCAUGGACAUAUUAACCAUUACCCUUUAAAGUGUUGAAGAGAUUAAAUCUACGUGUGUGUGUGUGUUGCAGACUGUGUGGGACAAAGACAAAGCAGAGAGAAAAAGGAAAGCUGAACUGUGCUGGAAAAAGACCAUGGCUCAAACAUUACAGAGCCAGAGUCAUUUUAUCAAUAAGUACAUAGAUCUGCUCACGCAGGAUUCAGAGGAUCUGGACGCCUCAGCCUCUACAUCAGCAGAGCAUAGCCCCAGUUCAUGUGACGGUGCUCUGGUGUGUGUGGGACCUCGUCGUUGGCGUGCCAGAGGAGGAGAGAGGAGGCAGAUGGAGAUGUGUAUCCUGUGUCACAAAGCGCAGGAGAUCCUACCUGAUGGCACCGCCAUGGUGCUCGCAGCCUUUGUCCAACGCUCUACGGUCAUGUCCGAGAACCGCAAAAGACCCCCUCACAAUCCAGAGAGCUGUGAUCCCCUCUUCAUGUACCCUGACCUGUCCUUUGGUACCCAUACCGGCAGCUGUGGCCACAUCAUGCACUCUCACUGCUGGCAGAGAUACUUUGAGACACUCCAGAGUCAGGAUGCGCAGUGGCUGCAUGAGCAAACCAGUUACGAUGUAGAGAAUGGGGAGUACUUGUGUCCAUUCUGUAAGUGUCGCAGUAACACCGUCAUUCCUCUCCUGCCCCUCACUGAGACCACCUGCAGUUACAGCAAUAGUGAGCAGCCAGGUCUGGCUCAUUGGCUGAAUACAACGUAUACAAGCCAAUCAGAGCCUUGUACUCUGCUCAUGAGAGAGCCAAGCCAACAAAUGCUGGUGAGUCAGAGACUGUGGAGGACUCUCCUCCUCCUGAGAGUUUCAGGCUGGACCACACACCAGUCACGCCUUAUUCAAGCUCCAUAAGGGAGAUGCUGAUGACAUUUGGGACCGCAACUUAUAAAGUUGGGCUUAAGGUGCACCCUAAUGAGCAGGACCCCCGUGUACCUAUCAUGUGCUGGGGCAGCUGUUCUUGCACCAUCCAGUCUAUAGAGAGAUUAUUGGUAGAUGAGGAGAAGCCUUUGUUUGGAAGUUUACCCUGUAGACAGGUAUGACAACCAAACUUAUUGUCAUAUCUCAGCCCAGCCAGGACUCGGUUUCCCGAGAAGCAACACAGUAUUCUACUGUGUUUAUUCGAUAAGUGACUUUGGCCUUUGCUUACGUCCCCGACCACGAUUUCUGUCUUACCCCGUUUGUUUUGUUUGCAUGAUCGCCUGACCCUCGCUUGCUUCUUGACUACGGACUGUGUUCACCCCUCUGGAUUAUUCUGCCUGAACCUGCCGCCCGCUUCUGCUUCUGUAUUCCCCACGGUACGCGACACUUAUCAUGCCAGAAUGAAUUCUUCUUUCGAGGGAUGUGUGAUGAUGUAAUAAAUUCUGUACCAGUGGUAUUGUUAGUGCUGUUAAAAUACUCCACUAAGCACUGUUUGCUUGCAGGAUGGAGUAGUUAAUUGUACACUGGAAUAAAUUCUUCCGAUGAUUUGAUUUGCUUUUCACUUGUAAUUCUAAAUAUAAAAGCAUAUAUAUAUAUAUAUAUAUAUAUAUAUAUAUAUAUAUAUAUAUAUAUAUAUAUAUAUAUAUAACUGUGUGUAUAUAUAAAUGAAAAUAGACUGCAUCUGUAAAAUCAUUACUCAAGCUUCUGCGCAUCAUUCGCACUCUAAAGAUAUCUAGAAGAUUGCUCAGUUAUGUUCGGGGUUCAUUUUGGUAGCAUUACUAAAUAUUCUGAAUCACAAAUAUCUGCAGGUAUUAUGCUCUCCUUCCUCAGUUCUAAUUCCUUCUAUAUCCUGUGAUAUUUAUCCAUAUUUUGUAUCCUAAAUAAUAAAAAAUAAGUGUCAUAAAACGUGCCCUUGUUUAGGAGACUAUUUGAGUUCCCUGGCUCAGUUUGGCUCUGCGUGCUGGACUGUCUCCUCUCACUCCUCUGUGCAAAAUCACUUCAUGUGACUGUUGGCAGCACUUGUUCUUGCUCCCCAGGUGGAAAGUUCCCCCUGCAUUCUGGAUGUGGACAUGUUCCACUUAGUGGUCAGUGUCUGUGGUUUCUUUGGCUGUAGUCUCUGGCAAGGAAAAACUCCCUAAGAUGUUUUAAGAGGAAGAAACCUUGAGAGGAACCCGACUCAGAAGGGAACCCAUCCUCAUCUGG